AAGAUAAUUGGUAUAGACUAAAUUAACACGAAAGAAAGAUGACAUUGUCAUAUUCUUAAAGUUUAAUAUUGACAUUCUUUAUUAUUUUAUUUUGUAAUAUAACAAGUGAAGACUAUUGAUUAUGUUCAACUUAUUUUCUUUGCUCUUUUAGGUUGCAGAUUUGCAAUGGAAUCCUUUAAAGGACAAGGAGGCAUUCAGAUGCUACUAUCUGCAGAACAGGAGGCCCAACAAAUUGUGUCUGCUGCUAGAAACUUGAAGUUGACAAGGUUGAAACAGGCUAAAGAAGAAGCUGAGAGUGACGUGGCACUCUAUCGUUCCAAUUUGGAAGCUGAGCACCAAACGAGACUUUCCGAUACAAGUGGGAGCUCUGGGUCAACUGAAAAAAGGCUUGAAGAGGAAACCGAAACGAGGAUUCAGAACUUGAAGGAGACAACUUCGAAAGUAUCCCCAGAAAUCGUCGAGUUCCUCAUGAAGCAUGUCACAGCUGUGAACACUUGAUGCAUGAAGUUACGGAGUAUUGAGAAGACGAGAAUAUAAAGGAUGGCCGGGAAUAAAGAAAGAAGCAACGCAGAGCUACCGGAAAAAUGAAAUAAGUAUUUUUUUUCUGUCUUUCAUUGGAUGCAUUUUCUUGAAACACAACAAAUAUGUUUUCCACCUUGUUUCUAGGGGAUGACCUAUUUUGGGGCUGGAAUUUUGUUCUCUUUUCCAUUCAUUAUUUUAUAACAGGAGUAAC